UACCGUGUAAUUUCUGUUGAUAUUCCGCGUGCAUGGAACAACCACGAAUGGAUUCAAGCAUUUGAGAAGUUUCUAGAUGCUAUUGAUGUUCAUCAUAUUCAUCUCUAUGGAACAGCCCUUGGGGGAUUCUUAGCACAACUUUUUGCUCAGCAUCGCCCCCGGCGUGUUAGGUCCUUGGUACUUUCAAAUACAUUUGUGGAGACCACUAGUUUCUCAGCUGCAAUGCCAUGGGCUCCCAUUGUUGGUUGGGCUCCUUCUUUUAUACUGAAGCGGCAUGUGCUAUCUGGAAUUCGUGAUAGUCCCCAGGAACCCUUUAUUGCAGACUCUGUAGAUUUUGUUGUUUCCCAGGUUGAGACACUCUCAAGAGACGACUUGGCAUCGAGAUUGACAUUGACAGCUGAUGCUGCAUCAGUUGGACCCCUUCUUCUUCCAGAUUCUUCCAUCACUAUAAUGGAUACAAAUGACUAUUGUGCAACCCCUCAAUCUCUCAAAGAUCAAGUGGUCGAAAGGUACCCUGGCGCGAGACAGGCAUACUUGAAGAGUGGUGGUGAUUUUCCAUUUCUUUCAAGGCCUGAUGAAGUGAAUCUUCAUCUUCAGCUACACCUGAGACGUGUUGGUGUUGAAGCUCAACCUGAUGUGAUCUCUAGUGUUCCGAAGGAUGGCAGUGGUGGAAGUUCCAAUGAGCCAAACAAUGGAAGAGAAGAUGCUGAUGAUUCAUCAGAAAGUGAUAAAAGGGACUCGGAAGCUCCUUCUACCGCAGAAAGUGCAGAUCCCCCCUUGGCUCCAGAAGCUACCGGUUCUCAUGAUUUAGACAACCAACUUCUUAAAAUGGCCAAACUCUCCCAAGGCAGUGAUGAAUCUACCACACCUCCUUUACCGGAUGCAUUUUUCCGUGACAAGCAGAAGUUACUUGUCUCAGGAGCUCUUCUAAACAUCGCGCGUGAGUUUUUAAUUCUUAAUCUGCUGCCCCUUUACUUGGGGCACUGUACAUUAACUGGAAAUGUAGCUGCUAUGUAGACACUUGAUGUGAGAGAAUUUUUUUUUUCCCCAUUUUUUCUUUGUAUAUUAUGGGUUGGAAAAGUGUCAUUUGGAAAGAGACUAAGCAAAUUGAAGAUCAAGUUUGUGUUGGAAAAUCUUUGUGGCGAGAUGACUAUACUGUAUUGCAGUUUCAAAUCUUUUGAGUUACAGAAUGUAAGAUCUGAUAAUGCCUCUAUUCUUAUACUUUAUAUUUUACACCCUA